AUGUCUCCAUCGACUGAGGAUUCGACAUCCGAAUCUCAUUCUCUUGCCCCGACUCAUCCUACCCACCCAUCAAUUAAAGCACUACAAACAUCUUUGCAAGGGGAAAUUAUUUUCAAGCCCGAGAAUGAUGAACUGACCGAGGACUACAAGAAUGCGAUUGACAGAUAUAAUAAAGCGUUUAUCAAGGAAUCUUCCCUUAUAAUCUUCUGCCACUCCAAAAACGACAUCAUCGCCUCUCUUUCCUACAUCCAGAAACACAAUCUCGAUUUUACCGUCGCCGGAGGAAGACACAGUUAUUAUGGCGCUAGUUCCUGUGAUGGCGUAAUCAUUGAUCUUGGAAAAAUGAGAAAAGUAAGCAUCGAUAAGGAGAACCUUAAAAUUACAGCACAAGGCGGUUGUAGAGCUGCGGAUUUGGAAACUCCGCUUCAAGCGGAAGGAUUAUCAGUGGUCAUGGGCCUAGCUAGUGAUACAGGAAUCGCAGGUCUAACUCUAGGCGGUGGUUCAGGCCCUCUGACUGGCCGAUACGGACUCGUGAUUGAUAAUCUACUCUCGGCCCGUGUUGUAAUUGCCAACGGGAUCGUUUUAAAUUGUUCCAAAGAUGAAAAUUCAGAUCUAUUCUGGGGUAUCAGAGGAGGAGGACCAAACUUUGGUAUUGUGGUUGAAUUUACGUAUCGAGUGCAUAAGCAAGUGGAUGUAUGCCAUGGUCCUUUAGUAUAUGGGCCGGAGAAGACGAAAGCACUUCUGGAAUUAGUCGACACCAUGCAAGAGGUAACAGAGCAAACUGACGGGAAGUUACGCAUUUUUUUGGCGAUAACAAAGAUCCCAACUGUGCCAAUGUCUGGCAUUCACCCCAUCUGUAUCAUAUCCUAUGAUGGACCCGAGGAAGAAGCACGAAAGCUUACCGCUCCGUUGUGGGAUUUGCAGCCUGUAAUGUCGGCAGUAUCAAUGAAGCCAUUUGCCAACACGACCAAGCCAUCAGGACUCGUAGAUGAACCGCCAAACCAUCAGAACUUCUCAAGUACGAGCGUUUUCAUGCCCCAUCCAUUCAAUGUCGAAAUCAUGGAGAAAUUAAUACAAGAAUUCGACGAUUUUCACAACAAGCACGGAGAUGCACUGGCACCUUCACGAAUCAUAAUCGAGAUGCGUUCUUACAAGGUUUCUGGUGCAAUCCCCGCAUCGGCAACUGCAUUGGCGGCGAGAGAAAAGACGGUUUCUGUUACUAUGGAGGCACAGUAUGACAGCUCUCAGGUUUCGCAUACGGUCAUGAGAGAAGAAAUUAAGAGGAUGAUUGGGCCAGUCAAGGAAGCAGUUAAAAAUCAAGGGUCUGGAAAGUUCACGAAUGCUAAUUUGGGAAGUGGAACGGAAAAGACUCAGGAUAUGUUUGGUCAGAACUAUGCGAGAUUGAGAGAGAUUAAGAGGAAGUAUGAUCCCGAGUUUAUUUUCAACAAGUGGUAUCCGAUUCCACCAGCAGAACAAAGCUAUAGCUUGAAACUAUAA